AUGCAGAACUCACGUGCGCAGGAAUUCUCGUUGGUGCAAAUGCUCCUCCCACCCUUCUGGAUCCAGAACCCGCAAGUUCCGUUUCGCCAGAUCAAGGCACAGAUCUACCUCGACAGCAUUAUGUUGGAAACGGCGCGUUACUACCACGUCGCCUCAGUCCUUCCUACUGAUGUUGCCGGCGACCUCUCGGAUGUCCUCUCCACCCCCGCGCGCACUACACCAUAUCAGCACCUCAAGACCAAGGUGCUGGAGAGAUUCAUGCCGUCCGAAUGCACCCGCCUUCAGCAGCUGCUUUCCGAGGCGGACCUUGGCGACCGGCGUCCCUCCCAACUACUGCGCCGGAUGCAACAGCUUUUCGGGGACUGCAACGUGCCCACCCACUCCACUCAACGAUGCUCCGCGAGCUUUUGA